AUGUCUCACAACAAAAUAUGUUAUCCGGACAGGUACAGUGACGAGCUUUGUGAGUACAGACAUGUUGUCCUGCCUCGGAAAAUGGUUCAAUAUGUUCUUAGAUCUCACCUGAUGUCCGAUGACGAGUGGAGACAACUGGGAGUGCAGCAGUCCAAAGGAUGGGUCCACUACAUGGUUCAUAAACCAGAGCCGCAGAUCCUCCUUUUCAGAAAACCUCUACCAAAUCACUGA